GACGACCGAAUGGUGAGCAACAUCAUACGACGACGACCGAGAAGUAUGGUGGAUUUCCACGUUCACGGAGUCGUCGUUUUACUAUUCACCCUCAGUAAAGUGCUAUGUACAGAACUGAACCUGGCCAUUCCAGAGUCUGGAACAGUCAUUGAAGAGUUUGCCAGCGACUCACUCCAACUCAGCUUCUUCUGUCGGCUGCUCAACACCCAAGGUUCACAGAUUGUCACCAACUGGUUCUUUCUCAGUGAGGAGGGGAAGGCUGAGGGGCGAGGCCCGGGCGGCCUCACCUCUAGCGACACUCGAUUCAAUCAGUCUGGGGACACAAUCAUGGCGGGACAGUUUCAAAUCCCCAGUAAUACAAAUCUGACGGUGAACGCUCUCGCUACCGACCUACACAAUUCUACCUUGUCAUGUGGCACUGCGGAUGACAACUUCAUUGCUGUGUUUACCAUCUUUGCCUACGUUAACCCGUCUAUUCCUGGGAAUCUUGAUGUUAUACUGGAAGAUUUAUCAGCCACCAUUACCUGGGAGACACCUGUGAAUCUAGGAAACCCAAAGAUCUCCUACUACACCUUAAUCAUAUUAGACGACCAGGGAAACACCCACGUUAAUGAAACUCUCCCCGCUCCUGUUACCACAAUGUUCACGAUGCCUGGACUCCUUCCACUGACCAACUACACCGUAACACUGACUGCUGUUUCGCAGCUCGCCCCCACACCUGUCAUCAGCCCCACAGCCAGUUUCAACUUUUCCACGACCACCACAGAACUGCGAGUAUCGCCACAGAUCAGAGAAGCGUUGAGGAUUGAAUGGGACAACAUACAUACUGGCGGACUGGAUCUUAUAUCUGCUACCAUCGAAUAUGCAGUGCUCACUUCUAGUGAAAACGCUACUGGUAGCAACUCUACACCAGUAGACAACCCAGUAGUGGACAUUAAUGGUGGGGCAGCAGUGUUGAGAACUCUGCCAGAGGCUGGCCUCGACUACGUCUUCACAGUCUCGACUGAGAACGCUGAGGGAGAGAGUGACCCCAGCCAGUGCCCACCUGUCUUUCUUGCUAUUGGGGCCCCCUCGACACCAGACAAGCCCAUUGCCAGAGCCAAUGGACCAGUGGCAAUACUGACACUUCAAACGGCAAAAAGUGGAACUGGAAACUCUGCUCUGCCGUUUGCUUUCUCUGUCCUGGUGUACCGCUUCAACGAAACCAGCAACACGAGUCAGCUGGUCAGCGAGGAAGAACGGUUCAAUAGCUCCGAGUACACCAGCAACGAGAGCAUCAAGAUACACAUACAAGAUGUAAUGGAGCUGAACCAACUCUACCGCUUUGCAGCUCGAGCAGUCAAUGCUUUCGGAAUGUCUGAAAUUUCUGCUCUCUCAGACGCAAUUCUGCUCAAUGUCUCACAGCCAACAAUAAGUCGUGUGGACACCCAACAGACACCAGAUGGCAUAGAAGUCUCCUGGGCAUUCCUGCACACCGGCGGCUCAGAGCUCCAGCUGGUAGAGAUCUUUCUCAGAGAGGACAGAGAUGGAGCCACGCUUGAGCUCGUCCCCGGGGGAAAUCUCUCCAGACCCCUGAGUACUUCAUUCAUGAUUGACGGGAGUAACCUGCAGGCUGGUGUGAGCUACGAGAUAGCAGUGAGGGCCACCAAUGACCUGGGUGUUAGUGAGGCGAUUGUCUCUGAGAUACAGGAGUCAGGAAUUGGAGUACCAGCACUCCCACUUAUCCCCACGCUCUCCUCCUCCACCUCUACCUCCAUCACACUCAUCCUCUCCACAUCCGCCAACGGCCUAAUUAGACCAGGGGACACCCUUACCUUCCGUCUCAGGGUCACGACAACUGAUGCCAAUGGUAACUCUGAGACCUCGUAUGAAACUGGGGAAUUCUCGGCGGAAAUGUUGCGCAACAGUGUUAGACUGACCGUGCCAGCAGAGACUGGCGUUUCCUACGUCUUCUCUGUCAGAGCCGAGAACAGAUUUGGGUCGUCGGAGUAUUCCGGAGACUCUGAGAGUAUCACCAUACCUGAACCAACUGAAGGAGAGGGUACGGAUGAGCUGGAGAUGAGAGAAGUGAUAGGUAUUGCAGUGGGAGUAGGCAUCGUGGUGUUGCUGCUGCUGUUCUGCUGUGUUCUCCUAGUGGGAAGGAGAGCCAUAAGAUGGAAGAAGAGGCUGGUCUGGAGAUGCAAGACAACUCACUCUACAACAGAACAGAAGCCAGUGGAGAACAGAAAAGAGUUUCCUCCCGAGGCCUUUGAGUCUCAGUAUGAGGCUCCUCCAGAUGACGGGCACACUGUCCCACUGCGACCGAAGCCCACACACCCAACUGGAGCACCGAUAGAGGGAGCCCUACCACUCUACGACUCGCUGAACCCAGCUGGAAGACACGUGUCUACCUACAGUAGCACCAGCAGCAGGGAACUCCCGAACCCUCUCUACAGUGGAGCAAGACCCACCAGUCAGCAUGACUCUGGCAGUGGUGUCAUCCACAGUAAGACAGUGAGAGGAGGAACAGGAGGGGGUGGAGGAGGGGAAGAACCUCUUUACUCUGAAGCUGGUGUGCCUCCUGAGACCAAUGGAGGGAUUUACACGGAGCCAGACUCUCGGGGUUCAAAACUGCUGGACCCAUUCUCGGCUCCACCUCCACCGCCACCUGAUCCUCGAACCAUCCCAACAGCCUCCCCUCCUCUCAAGACCGCCCCUCUCGUUGACGGCUCCGACGACCCCAAGGAGCUCCCGACAUAUGCAGAGGCUGGUCCUGCCGGUAGCGAGGAACACUUGUACUCUGAACUCCCAGACCCCCACCGUCACCGAGACACCAGCUCCCCAACUGACCCAUCUCACUUCCACAUCCCUCCUCCCCCUCCCACCCAACCUCCUCCCUCCUCCACUCCCCUCCCCUCUGACAGCGCCGAAGAGCCCUCAUACAGUGUGCCCUCCAGAGCCGGCUCCCAGAACAGGACAGGGAUAUAGUUUCCAAUUGGCACACUCUCAACAAUUCAUAGUUUCAUAAUUAGUGUGUACAAAAUGUUUAUUGCCGUUAUUAGGCAAUUCACCAUGAUUAACCAUAAUGCUGUAUUAACCUCAAGCGUCUAUAUAAGAAACAUGAAAAACCAGAUAGAUUUCUUUUCCAUUGAUGGACAGUU